AUCGUGUAGUUUGUGGUGACUAUAUGAUAAGAGGUGGAUAGAAAGGAAAAUAAUUUUGAAAAACAGUAUAAAAAGCUAGUGUUUGGUUUAUUUUUCUCAUUACAUUGUGGCGCUCGCUGGAAAAGACGUUAUUUUCUUUCGGAGCAAUUGAAUCUAACAGGAAUAUUGAAGACCUAAUCAAUAUGAGUGGUCUACGAUCCGUUCAGGUAGUCAAUGUGAAUGACAAUCACAAUUAUGUGCUUGAAGAUAACACACUCCAGAGAAUUUUACUGCGUGAGGAUGUAAAAGAUCUGCCGCUGGUGGUGGUUAGCGUAGCGGGCGCCUACCGUGGAGGAAAGUCCUUCUUGCUAAGCUACUUCCUCCGCUACCUCAACUCACCGACGGAAAAGCGAAACGAAAAUGGCGACUGGUUGGGGAACGAAACAGACCCUUUAAUCGGAUUCAGCUGGAAGGGAGGAUCUGAAAGGCAUACUACGGGCAUACUAAUGUAUCCGGAGCCAUUUAUCACCACUACAGCUGCAGGAGAAAAGGUGGCAGUGCUGUUAAUGGAUACACAAGGCACCUUCGACUCCAGCAGCACAGUGCGAGAUUGCUCCAUAAUAUUUGCGCUCUCUACCCUAAUAUCGUCCGUUCAGAUCUAUAAUCUCAAAGAGAAUCUUCAAGAGGACGAUCUUCAAUACUUACAGUUAUUUACCGAGUACGGGAAACUACUUAAAAACGAAGACGGCUCCAAAGCGUUUCAGAUGCUAAUGUUCCUUAUCAGAGAUUGGCCUUACUAUUAUGAACAUGCUUUCGGUGCCAAAGGAGGUGAAGAGCUAUUAAAAAAGAGACUUGAAAUUACAGAUAAAAUGCCAAAAGAGCUAUGUGACCUCCGGGAACAUAUUCGUUCUUGCUUCGAUAAGGUUUCAUGUUUCCUUAUGCCUCACCCCGGUUUCAAAGUUUCGAAUCCAAGCUACAACGGAAACUUUUCUGAGCUUUCGACAGAAUUCAGAAACGCUCUUAAAGAGCUUGUACCGUCUAUAUUUGCGCCUGAAAAUUUGAAUAUAAAAAAGAUAAAUGGAGUUAAAGUAACAUGCGCUGAUAUGUAUACAUAUUUCCAAACUUAUAUGACUGCUUUCAACAGUGAUUCUAUGAUAACUCCUAGCAGUAUCUUCGAGAAUACCAAGAGGGCGGCAUUGAUGGCAGCUAUUCGGGAAGCUACCAGUAAGUACACGAAGAUCAUGGAUGCUGCGUGCAAUACCGACACGCCAAGUAUGCCAGGUGAAGGAGUUCGUGUUACUCAUAACCAAGCAUUGGCUAAAGCAAUCGAAGCGUUCAACAAAAAAGGGAAAAUGGGCUCACAAAAAGAGAUCGGUGCAUACCUAACUCAAUUAAAGCGUGAUUUAGAAGAUCAAUUACCACGUUAUGGCCUUAUGAACGACGGCAAGUAUCGGAAACUAGCAUUCGAAGCAAAAGAAGUAUUUGAUAAUACAGUCAAAGCAGUGCACGGUGAAAAUUUAUUUUGCUUGCAUCCGAAUGAUGUAGAACCAUUGUUCAAUGAAGCCGUUUUAGCCGCUUCUACUUACUUUGAUUCCAAAAGACAAAAAAUUCCAAAUGUCAUUGAUGAAGAAAAGAAUAAAUUCAUCCAGUAUUUAGGCAAAGAACUGAAGUGUCUCCAAGCAUUAAAUCUACAAAACAACAGACACGUUAUAACUGAACUCAAGAUGAACUUCUCUAGUUUCAUGGAAGGCUUAGUCAACAAGGAACCUCCAUUAGAUGACAACGAAUAUGAAGCCAAGUACCAAGAAAGCUACAGAAAAGCCAUUGAGACAUUCGACCAGCGACGAAAUAGGCCUACAGAAUUUCCAGAAGAUGUAUUCAAACUAUCUCUGAUGCAGCACAUGGCAGCUCAAUUUAUUAACUUGCAAGCAAUCAAUAGAAGUAAAAAUAGGAAACAAUUCAUGAUGGCGUUGUCAUUCUACACGAAUCACAUGAGUCUUUUCUGGGAUCCCGAUACAUGCUGCUUACAUCCAAACGACUUGGCAAACGAACAUAAAUUAGCAUCAGAACAAGCGUUGAAACUAUUUCACCCCGAAUUGCCAGAUGAGAUGGAGAGAGAAAUACUUAAACAGUUCAUCAAGUCGAAGUAUGACGAUCUGCGCGAACUGAACGAUGCUGCGAAUGAAACAGCUAUUGCUACAGCUGUUAACGUGUAUGUAGAAAAAAUGGAGAAAGCCACAGAAUUUAAGGGCUGGUGGAUCCCAACUUUGGGGAUUCCGUAUCUUGUCAACCUGGCUAAUAGAUCUUCCUAUCACGAGGAAGCCAAAGAAGCUGCUCUUCUUAAUUUCUACUCGAAUCGUCGCGAUCGCAUGAACAGCGCUCCCGAUAAAUACUACAAUGAACUUAUUAAGGUAAAGCAGAAUAUUUUUGUUGGGAUAGAUAGAUGUACAAAUAUGUACAAUAUCGACUUCAUACUGAGCGACUUACAGACUGUUCACAGAAUAUUUUGCGCCACUGCACACAGACUGUUAACAGAAACUGUUUAUUGCUGGUGGUAGGACCUCUUGUGAGUCCGCAUGGGUACAUACCAUCACCCUGCCUAUUUCUGCCGUGAAGCAGUAAUGCGUUUCGGUUUGAAGGGUGGGGCAGCCGUUGUAACUAUACUUGAGACCUUAGAACUAAUAUCUCAAAGUGGGUGGCGCAUUUACGUCGUAGAUGUAUGUCUAUGGGCUCCAGUAACCACUUAACACCAGGUGGGCUGUGAGUUCGUUCAUCCAUCUAAACAUUAAAAAAAAAAAACCUAAAUGAUUCACCGCAGGCAGCUGUCUACUUUAUAUAUACGUAUCUUAAAAAUAUCGUUUGAAUUUGACCGUGGGAUAAAAUUGAGGGAACACGGGACGACGAUUAUUUUAGAAAUUGAAUAGUACAAAUAAACAAAGUAGUUGAAGUUUAAAACAUAACGAAACAAACCCUAUAAAUAAUGGGUAUCCUUACCACACCUCAUACCGAAAGACUGAUAGGUUCGUAAUAUAUACAUACGAUUGUAUUGAAAUUAAUCUGUUUAUUAACUUACGCAGGAGAUCAACUACGCUCGGAUGAAAUAUUAAGAUCUUCUUGCGAACCGGCUUCCAGUAAUGACAACUUCUUCUUCAUCUAUCUUUUAAUUUUUGAAUUAAUAAAAUCAAUCGUGAAAUGAA